GCAUAAGACCUUUUGAUUAAGCUGGUUAACCUUGAUCCCAAUGUGGUUAGAAAUGAAAUGAAGUUGUAGGUUCUGGAGCUUGAAGAAUGGAGAUACCAUGCUUAUGAGAGCACCCCGACUAUUCAAGGACGGAACAAAGCAUCUCCAUUAAGCUCGUUUGAAGGAGACCAAGGGGUUCCAUCAUGGAGAUCGAGUUCUCCUCUACAAAUCUUGCCUUCGCCUGUUUCCCGUGAAGAUGCGGUCUCGAUGGUCAGAACCCUUCACCGUCACAGAAGUUUUCCGUUAUGGUGUGGUGGAGAUCUCACACCCACCGAAAGGCAUCUUCAAGGUUAAUGGUCAUCGCCUCAAGCUCUACCUUGGAGGUAAAGUGGACCUUGAUGAUGGCAUCAAUACGAACAAGCUUAGUAUGAAGGAUCAAGCAACACCAGGUUGGAAGACGUCGGGUCAACUCAUAUUCAAGGUCAAUUCACGAAGUCAAACAAAGUAGUUCAAUACGCAAGUUUAAGCUUAUUUGGCGAAUUCAUUUGCUAAUUUGGGUAAAUUUCGUUUUAAUAGGUUCUUUGUGCACUUAAUUAGAGUUAUAGAAGAAAGUGGUUCGGUACGAAGAGGGUGGGAGUGGAUGCCUUGCAUAACUUAAGGGUGCAUAACCAUGCAUAACCUGCCACAUCAUUGUCACAUCAUCAUUCGUGGAAAGUCUCUAACCAUUUUCUCUAUAAAUUUUAACAGGCUAU